CCUUUGAGCAUAUAUGCUACCCACGCGGAGAGCCCUGCACUUGCUCUUCAGGUAGCAAGAACAGCUGCAUCAUACGAAUACGGAGACAUCGUCCAUCUGUCUCCUGGAAGUGAACGAAAAUAGCAGUUGUCUCUUUAAAAGAGUUCGCGCUUCUUAAAGUAGUAAAGGCAGGCGCCAAACAAAACUAUCGCGAGAACUGUAGCUCCCACCGGCAAUUUAUCGCGAUGUUUGGCUCCUCCAAAGGGGGCCAUUUUGGAGUGCAUCCCCAGGCUGGUUACCCCGGCGGCGUCUCCCAUCCUGGUUCAGGUGCCAAAGCUGGCCCCACCGGUGUCUGGCCUGCGGGCGACCGGACCGACACGAUGUGGCGGCUCCGCUGCAAGGCCAAGGAUGGCACCCAUGUUUUGCAGGGGCUAUCCAGUCGGACCCGGCUGCGGGAACUCCAGGGCCAAAUUGCAGCCAUCACCGGAAUCGCUCCUGGUGGUCAGCGAAUCCUUGUCGGAUUCCCGCCCGAGUGCCUGGAUCUCAGCAACGGGGAAACAGUCCUGGGAGACCUGCCUAUUCAGUCAGUCUGGAUUUGUUUUAUUUUAACAGGCGACAUGCUGAUCGUUGAAGAAGACCAAACCAGGCCUAGAACUCCAUCUGCAUUUACAAAUCAUGGUGCUCCUAGUUAUGUCAGGGAACCUUUGCCUGUGCUUUCCAGAACCGUGGUCCCAGCAGACAACUCAUGCCUCUUUACCAGUGUGUAUUAUGUCGUUGAAGGAGGAGUCUUGAAUCCAGCUUGUGCCCCGGAGAUGAGACGCCUCAUAGCACAAAUUGUGGCAAGUGAUCCAGAUUUCUAUAGUGAGGCAAUACUGGGAAAAACAAAUGAAGAGUACUGUGACUGGAUCAAAAGGGAUGAUACUUGGGGGGGAGCAAUUGAGAUAUCCAUUUUAUCUAAGUUUUAUCAAUGUGAAAUAUGUGUAGUAGACACUCAAACAGUAAGAAUUGAUCGUUUUGGGGAAGAUGCAGGAUAUUCCAAAAGGGUUUUGCUUAUCUAUGAUGGCAUCCACUAUGAUCCACUUCAGCGCAACUUUCCAGAUCCUGAUACCCCACCUCUGACCAUUUUCUCCUGUAAUGAUGAUAUUGUUCUUGUACAAGCACUGGAAUUAGCAGAUGAAGCUAGAAGAAAGAGACAGUUUACUGAUGUGAACCGCUUCACCCUAAGAUGCAUGGUGUGUCAGAAGGGGUUAACUGGACAAGCAGAAGCACGGGAGCAUGCCAAGGAGACAGGCCAUACCAACUUUGGAGAAGUGUGAUCUAUGCAUGAUGAGGGUUGAAGCCUACUACCUCACAGAGCCAGAAGGCUCUGGAUUUUCCAAUAAGCUAUUUGUAACCCUGAAAUACGAAGUGACACAAUGCUUGAACCAUUCUUUUAACUUCAACCACUAAGACAUUGAAAUUACUUGUUAAGAUUAAAAUUAGUGUGCAAGUUUACAGAUGUGUGUCUACAGUGGUGAUACAUGCCAUCUUUCUGCUGGGAUGACAGAAGAUGUCCUUGCCACCUACUGACACUAACCUGAAGACUGGAUUUUAGUAUUAUAAACUCGCACCCAGCAGCUUUAACUUGUAGAAGAAAACGUUUCAGAUAAUGUGAAAGACUGCAUGUGAAGCCACUGGACAUAUAUCACAGUGUCUCCAGUAAUUGAUUCCUUUUAAUAAGUCUUAGUAAGUUAAUAGCUUCUGAAUGAAUUGAUUCAUCAAAUGCAAAUAUCCAGAAUUGUCAAAACUCUUUUAUAUUGCAAUUUGGUAGACUUUAUAAGUACACAGCAAGCAAUUUUUACGGGGAGAUGUUUAUUCCUUGAGAAUGUUAUCUAAAACAGGACCUAGUAGGGUACUGUUUUAAGAUUAUAGUGUACAAAAGUAGAAUGUACAAGGAAAAGGUGCCUGAAGCAGCUUACUGAAGCUUUAAAAGACCAUGGGCCUCAUGUUUUAAUGUAAUUCAUGUAUUGGUCUUGUUGAUACAAUUUUUAAAUUAAGCAGGGUAUGCUUUUUUAAUUGAUGUUCACAUUUGAGCACUGCGUUUUUGCUUUUUUUACAUACAGAUUUGUCUGAGGAAUUUCGUUUCCCCAGCUUUUUGUUAAAGAGUACUUCCUUCAGAAACAGUCUUCAUGUAAAGUGGUUAUGCUAUGCUUUGGGUUAAUUUUUGUAAAAUCUUUUGCAUACCUAAAUGGUGUGUAUUUUUCUGCUAGCUGUAUCCCUCUACUAAUGCUCUUGAACAUUCCACGUUUCUGCAAGUUAGCACUUUGCUUAUUUGUGAUCUUUGACUGUUGAACAGUAUUAAAGUAAUUGAUGUCAUUUAUUUCACUUCCAAAAUAUGAAAGUUUUUAAAUCCUUGCCUUAUUCACGUUUCUCACAAUUCUGCUUCAUCCUAAUAUUAGAAGUGUAGCCGUUUGCUAUUAUGCCCUGUAAAACUUAGCUUCACUAAAAGAUCUUCCAGAUAAAAGUUUUCUACCUCUUCUUCUGAAGAUCAGGGAUGCUAAAUUGUAAUUGUUUAGUAUUAUUUCACACAAUGUAAAGGAGCUUAAUUUUAUAAAGUUUUGUUAUCUUGGUCUCAUUUCUGAUUAAGUGUCUCACUUAGAAAACCAAUGAUACCACCUUAGAGCACAGAAAACCAAUGACACACCUUAGAGCACUUACAGCUCCAUGUAUUUUCUUGGCAAAGGUUUUAAAAUUGAGAUUUUUCACUUGGUGAAAGUGGUCAUGUAAAAUUAAGGAAUAUUAAAGUGACCAAUGUAGUAGAAAAGGUCCUUUAAGAAAAAAUUCACAAAGUAUGCUUCAAAUUAUCAUGAUAUUUCUUAAGUACUUUUUAUGUAUGUACUUUUUAUGUAGCUGUUUUAGGCAUUACAAGUUAUGGUCACUAUAAGUUGAAAGUAUUCUUUUUUACUGAGCCUUAAAAAUAGCACUUGGGAGCUUACAUACUUAAUGUUUGGCAAUCAUGAUAUGUACUAGUGAAUAUGAUAUGAAAAUCUUUUUGUACUGUCUUGUCAUCUGAUUCUAGAUAGUUUUUGUAUCUUAUUUCCCCAGAAAAUCAGAAAUUUAAAACUAAAUUAAGAAAAAUACUACUGGGCCCCAGUACUCAGCCGGCUGAGACAGGAGAAUUUCUGUGAGUUUAAGGCCAGCCUGAACUACAUAGCAAGACAUUCACUUGAGUUUUAGAUCUAGAUGUUCUUUCGUGCAACAAGUAUUUAUUGAGUAAUAUAUAAUGUGCCAGGCAUUUUUUGAUGUUUCCACAACAUAAACUCCUAACACUUUAAAAUUGGGUAUAUAUCAUCUACAAUGGAUUUCUUAUUAAUUUAACAAAUAGAAGUAGAACACAUAUUUCUCAGUAUUAAAGCUCUUCAUAUUAAAUGUUUUGCUUACAUAUUGUGAAAUAUUCGGGGGAUCUUACCAUAUCUUUUACCUGGAUGGUUCAUUCAGGUGGACAAUGAUAAGUCGUACUAGUUUCAAAACUGACUUUUUAAAUUCUUCGUUGAAAUUCAGUACUGAUAGAAAAUUCAGAAUGAAGCAUUAUUUGUAGGUCAUUUAAUUAUUAAAAACUAUAAACUGGCCUUAUGUUUAUUCUAAACACAAGCUUGUAAGCCUCAUAGAUUUUAAGGUGUUAUUUUUAUGAGCUUAUUAAACUUGAAAUUAGUUAUGAAUGUGAGUAAAUUCUCGUCUUGGGAAUUUUGAAAAGUAUUUUAUUUAGUGCUUGCAGCAGGAUUAAAAACACUUCAUCCUAAGUUUACACUGGAGCAGAAUGAAACUUCUUCCUACUCAUGCAGUUUUAUCUGUUAUUCAAAAACUUUUUAAUUAAUGUGAGGACAGUUUACAUUAGUGGUAGAAUAUAAAGAUUGUGCUUUCCAGCUGGCUCCAACACUCUGGGACGAUGAAGCAGGUAGAUCACAAGUACAGCUACCCUAAGCUAUUUAGCAAGACCAUGUCUCAAAAAAUAAAAUACAGACUAGGGAUGUAGCUCAGAGUAAAGGCCUUGAGUUCAACCACUAGUAUUGCUUAAAAAACCAUAACAACUGUGCUUUCCCACCUCAACCCUCCUUUCCCUUACUAUUCAGGUUAAGGAUGAGGUAUAAUGCUAUGAAUAUGCACAGCUGGGUAGAAUUAUUUCAGGAGUUAAAAUUAGUAUCCCUAGGAAUGAUAUGCUAGCUUUAUGGUGAUACAUUAAUCCAUUAAAUCUUCUGUUAGUGGUCCAUGAUUGACUUCUUUCGAAGCUUGGCUGCUGGUCAGCUUGACCCUGUUAAGAACUAAUGUCAUGCCAUUUGAGUGUUCCAUGAAGUUCAUGUCCCAACAAAAUGAUAAUCAGGAAUGAAUUAACACCUAUCUAUAUAUGCCCAUAAGUGCCCAUUCCUAACUGGCUUAUCUAACUUACUCCUUCUGCCUCACGUAGGAAUUAAAACUUGGAUGUUACAAGUUGCCCCAGCUUAAACAUAGUUUUGUAUGUCUCUCUGAAAAAAGUCACAAUGGGGAUAUGUAAGAUUAAGCAUCGGAGUAACUUCAUUUUAAAUUUUGUUAAGUCAGGUGGCCUUCUUAAACUUAAAUCAAGAAUUAUGUUCUUUUAUGUGAUGAGAAACAUUUAUUUGCAGCACUUUAAGAAAUAGAAGUUUACAUGGUUAGCCCUCUAAGAAUCUUGUUAAGGACAUUAAAGCAAUUCUUGAACUGCUAACCAUCAGCUCUUGGUCAGCUUUUGCUAUCAGUGUUUAGUGGUACAACAUUGUGGUGUUUUGAUAACAGUGGAAUUCAACUUCAGUAGCUGGAAGCAUGAUCUGGAGCCUAGCAUUUUAAAAAUGUUACUACUUUGAUGUGAUUGUUAUCAUUCGUUGUGCAUUGCAGUAUUCACAUUUGUCCUAGUAGCAGAAAAAUGACUAAUAAUUCCUGAAAGAUUAGAUUCUUAGUUUUUCUAAGUGAACUUAUUUUAAGGAAGCUGAUUUUUGAAUCAGAGGCCUUAAAAGUAUACUAUAUAAGCAACGUAAUUUUUAAGUGUAAAGUGAAAUCAUUUGAAUAAGCUAGUUUAUUAACUGUGUUUUCUUAGUAAGCAUUAUAUUAUUGCAGCACGUUUUAUCUAACACAAAAAGAAUUUUUAAACUUCCUGGUUAUGGAAAGUGUUUUAUUUUUUCUUCCCCGAAAAUAAGCUAGUGUUUUGUUUACAGUGCUUUGAAUAUUUGACUUGGGGAAAAAACGAUUACCUUGGUCUGAAUUGUGUCUAGAUUUACAUGCAUUUAAAGGAGGUUGGUAACCGCCAGUCAUAUUUUAGACUAAAAAAAAGUAGGAAAAUUAAGUAGCACUAAAAAGGGAUUGUCAAAUGGAUGCAUUCCUACUCAUAAACUACACUUCUCAGACAAUAUUCAAGCAAUGUCUUUUUGUCACCUUAACCCUUUUAUUUGAUUACUUGGCACAGAAUGUAACAGGGACUUAAGUGGGAAAACUUGUUAAAGAUCACACUAUAAGCAUUUUUCUGUGAUACCCUUUAACAUUUCUGUUUUCAAAGCAACUAACCUACAUGUAGUUUAGAAAUACUGAGGUAGGAUUUACUUACCUUACAAACGGAAAGGUUAACCUCAGAAAUGUAUAGAAUUUCUAGUAAAAUGCUUGAGUCUGACUGUAAACCCUUAAGUAACUUAAAGUAGGACUCCCCAACCCCCACCCCAGGUCACAGACUGAUACUUGUCCACUCCCUGUUUGGAACUGGGUCUCAUAACAGGAAAUGCAAGCAAAGCAUCACCUGUAUUUACACCCGGUCCCCGUGUGUCGCCUCCUGAAUUCUACCUGUCAGGUCAGCUGUAGCAUUAGAUUCUCUUAGGAGCAUGAGUCCUGCUGUGAACUCUGUGUGUGUGAAAGAUUUAGACUGUACCCUUCUUUGAAUCAUCCCCAGAACCAUCUUCAUUUCCCCAGUCUGUGGAAAAUUGUCUUCCAUGAAACUGGUCACUUGUGCCAAAAGGUUUGGGAACCAUUGACUGUAAAGGACCAUAGGACCCAGUUCUUGUCUGUGGUCCAUUUCACACUGUUGCCAUUCAUUGCUUGAGUUGUUUACAGGACAUAAUGUAUUUAGCAAAGAAUUUUUUUUUCUUUAAGAAUCCCAAAUUCAGCUUAAAAUACAGAAAAAGUAUGUUUGACAAAAAGGAUUAGGAGUAACAAUAGUUUCUUAGCCCCUGCAUUAAUGCAAUAGAAACAAGUUCCUGAAACAAAACCACAAGAAAAAGUUUAGAGCAUUCAAACAUAACUUGAAAAAUUAGUAGGGCAGAGCAAAACACAGUUAUUUUUCUGGGCAUUAGAAAAUAUUCUUAGUGAAGAUGGACUGUUUUGAAAAUGUUUCUUUUGUCUUAUUUGCCACCUGCUGCUACCUGGAAGAUGUCUGAUUUCAUUUUGUGUAAUUCCUGAUUUUGCCAUUGUCAUUAAGCUGCAUUGAUUUUAUUUAUGAGGUGUGUGAUUUUAAAUAACUAAAUGCUGUAUAUUGUUUUAAAGGAAUAAAUGAAGUGAAAACA